AUGGCCUCGAAGCUUGCACCUAUGGCUUUCAGAAGCAGCAGCAGAGCUCUGCGCGUCCUCGCCAGACAGCAACUUCGUCGCUCGUUCGCCGUCUCUUCCAUCUCCCGCAGCGACACCCUCCAAGUUCACCGCGACUCACCGGAGAACAACCUCGACAUCCCUUUCACCUUCAACGCCCAGAAUGAGAAGCUCAUUGAGGAGGUCCUUAGCCGGUACCCUUCGCAAUACAAGAAGGCCGCCGUCAUGCCCCUGCUUGACCUCGGCCAGCGUCAACAUGGCUUCUGCAGCAUCAGCGUCAUGAACGAGGUUGCUCGCCGAUUGGAAAUGCCUCCCAUGCGCGUCUACGAGGUUGCCACUUUCUACACCAUGUACAACAGAGAGCCUGUAGGCCGCUACCACGUUCAAUGCUGCACCACCACUCCCUGCCAGCUUGGAGGAUCCGAUGGUGUCAUGAAGGCCAUCGAGGAGGAACUCAACAUUCACCACGGCCAAACUACCGAUGACAAGCUCUUCACCUUCACUGAAGUCGAAUGUCUGGGUGCAUGCGCCAAUGCUCCCAUGGUUCAAAUCAACGAUGAUUACUACGAGGAUUUGACUCCCGAGACAACAAAAUCGCUACUCAAGGCCCUUAGAGAAGCCGCACAAAAGGCUGGCGCAAGUGGACAGGCUUCUGGUCUUGCUGGCGAGGCUGGAAAGGCAGAGGGAGCUGGAGGUUCCGGUACCACAAUUCCCGAGCAGGGCAGAGGCUACGCUGCACAAGGCGUCAAGCUUCCCAGCCCUGGUCCCCUCAGUGGCCGCAAGUCAUGCGAGAAUUCUAAAGGUCUGACUAACCUGACCAGCGAGAUGUGGGGCAAGGAGAAGUUCAGAACCGACGGUGCUCUGGACUGA